AUGUUCGAUCUCGUUCUGCCACCACAGCAUCUCCGAACGAUCAAGCUGACCGACGGUCACGAGAUCACUGCAACCGAGACUGAGCUAUUAGAUCCACAGCGAACAGUAUAUCGUCUCCAAAUUGCACCAGACCCAGACCGGGAUAAACUCCCAACAACCGCCACCUCGGUUAUUGUGAAGCAAGAAAAAGAUGCAUGGGAAGACGAAUUUGAAAAUGAGGAGACAGCCUAUCACCGACUGGAGAAGCUCCAAGGCGAAGUAAUCCCAUACUUUUAUAGUCGGGGUUAUUUCAAUGGGCGACCUGCACUUAUACUAUCGGACGUUGAUGGGACUUCUUUGAAGGAUUUGGCUGUCAACAACAUCGAGACUUGUGAGGAUUUAUUGAAAGCUCUUUUAGAAGAAGCCUUUUCCAAGCUCUCGGAGUAUGGAACUAUCUAUCGAGACCAGAAACUGGAUAACUUCUUGCUAUGUUAUGACCAAGAGUGCGGGAAGAGUAAGGUGAUGGUUGUUGAUCUUGAACAGGUUGAGUUCCCUCAGAAAGUUCGUCCAUGA